CCAGAACAACCAGAAGCGGAUAGAAAUGCGGUGGUGGGGGGCGUAGAGGUAGGCGGUUGGUGUUAUUACUACUUUCGAUCCUGCGGAGAACAGGACGAGACGAAGAAGACGUCUUGAGAACAGCGCCUAGGAGGAGGCUAUGGCAUCUCUUUGCCUCUCCAUAUGCUCGACCUCGAAACCCUUAGUAGUGCCUCAUGCCUCUGCAGCCGCCGUUGCUUCUUCUUCUUCUUCUUCUUCUUCUUCUUCUUCAUCGAGCCGCAGUGGUUGCCGGAGCUCUCCAUUUUUCUCCACACCGAUGUUUGGCUCUGGAUGCUUGAUAUCUUCCACUGCUAAUACUAAUCGGAGCCGGAGACGAAGGGGAAUGGUUUGUAUGGCUCCUGAUGAAGAAAAAUUGACCCGUCGAAAUCCUCUGGAUUUCCCUAUCGAGUGGGAAAGGCCCAAGCCUGGACGCAGACCUGACAUAUUUCCCCAGUUUAGCCCUAUGAAAACACCAAUACCACCCCCAUUGCCAUAUGAUCCUCCUGAAGAAGAUGAAGAAGAAGAAGAGAAAAAGAAAGAGGAAGAGGAGGAAGAUCCUGAAAAGGAAGAAGAACCAGGUCAGCCAGAGAAGCAGUAGCGUUUUGUCGCAGCGAGGGACCUUCAAUUUCUGGUGUCCUUUGUGUAACCACAUAGCUCUUGAUAGUUGUAUUUUAGCUUUUAGUGAUGCUGAUAGCAAGUGGAUGAAAAUGCAAUAAUCAUCAUCCAGUAAGAGUUUUGUCAUGGUGGUGUGUCCCAGUUUGUGCUGAAAGGGUCUUGCAAACACCCCCACUCCCCUUCUUGGAAUUUUUAAAGGCUGCAGGGUUAUAAGUAGGAGUUUUCAUUUCUUUUUUGGUUGGAAUAUGAAUAUUGUAUUGACAUAUUUGAUUAGUAAAUUCCAUUUUGAUA